CGAAAAUGUUUACUCGAAAUUUACAGCUGUUAUCUCUCGUUUUACUUGCUCUACAUUUCCGAAAUGUACGCACACAAACAGGGAAUAUAUACAAAAUCUUGGGAGAAAUUAAAGAUGCGAAGAAGAUCAAAGAAAUGGUUGACAGAACCAAUAUAAAGCAAACACUUCAAGGCACCCAGCAGUAUAUGUUCUUCGCACCCAAUGAUACAGUUAUUGCAAGCCUCUCAAGCCAAGCUCGACAGAGAAUCAAUUCACUUGGAGGGGAAGACCUUCUAGACAAGAUAAAGUACCAUAUGGUUCUAAUAGGUACGAGUACAGGGGAAGCAGGUACCAUAUUAGACCAGGAUAUGAAAAGGAGUAUGGCCCGUAACUCUCCCCCACUUUUCUUUGCACGAGAAAAUUUCAUGGGCAAGGAUCACCAGUAUGUUAAUGGUGCUAGGAUUGAAAAGAUCUGGAAAGCUAGCAAUGGGGCAGUAUAUGUGAUAGACAGGAUAUUCUGGGAAGAGCCCAGUAAACAGUCAGCAUGGGGAUUCCUUACCAAGCCAGAUGUACCAAACGUGCUGGAUCAGUUCAAUAAAUUUGAGUCAUUAUUCACCAAAUUAGGUGGUUUUGAGGAUCUCGAGCAAAAGUUGAAUGAUAUUGAUGAUAAACUUACACUGUUUCUCCCACAAGACGACUACAUUCCAUCAGAGAUCAUGACAAGACUCGAUCGAGAGGGUUUAGCUAGGAAAGAUUCCCUCAUGGCACAUAUAAUUCCUCACAAAGUUUACUACUCAUCUAUGAUGAGGGAUAUGGAAGAAAUUGAAACUAUGAAAACUGGCGAUCAGAUCACAUUCCGACAGAUCUACAACAGGGACCAGAAUAUAUUUGACACCUAUGUUAGCAAUAGAAAUGGCCUGGCCAAAAUCAUCAAGGGCAACAUUACAGUCAUGAAUGGUGUAGUGCAUAUCAUAGACAAAUACAUGUGGUAUAUACCAGAGGACUACACAUCAUCAUUGGUCCUUAAUCAAGAACCAGAGGGAAGCGAGUUCAGCCAGCUCUUAGCCAAAGAUGAGAGGAUUAAAGAUGAACUUAAUGAUCUUAACAGAGUUGUGACAACGUUCGUACCUACACCAGCUGCAUUUGAAAAACUUCGUACAGCGGCCAGUGAGCAGGGCAGUACAGCUAUAACUGAUAAUGAUAGGUACAGGGUACGCGUAGCAAACUUUGAGACCAACAGGACAGCAUUAGAAUAUAUGUUGAAACUUCACAUUGUGGAAGGUGUAAGAUUGACCAGUAGGGAAAUACGACUGGAUGAAACUACUGCGAGAUCCCAGGCUGGAUAUGUGCUGCGGUUUAGGCAUUUUGAAAAUGAUACAUACAUUGAUGGUGGCCACCAGACUGCCAAGAUCAUAGAGAGCAAGAUGGACAUAGGAACCAGUAAUGGCUAUAUUCACUACAUAGAUACGGUUCUGGGUUUCCCAUACAGGACUGCUAAACAGGAAAUAGAGCAAAACCCAAGAUUGAAUCUGCUACAUGAAGAGUUGAAGCUGCUUCAGGAGAAAGACCCCAACAAAUUCAACCUAUUAGAAAUUUUGGGAGACACCAACAGAAGGUUUACCAUAUUCGCUCCAAACAAUACUGCCUUUGAGCGCAUUCUUAACUUGACAUGUCUUAGAUAUGAAGAGGAAGUAUGUGCUGAUUAUGGAAAGAGUCGACAAGCUACAGGAACUGGGGCGCUAACUGGACAAGAUGAAGAAAGCUCUAACAACUAUAACGCUCAGUGGAACACCGAUCCCUUCAACCAAGACCCUUAUAAUAACCGUGACAAUGAAGGCCAACUUGUAGAUGACAGACAACAGGAACUGGAUGACCUUAACAACCGACAGACCAAUGAACAGUUUGGCCAGAAGGAUCAGACACAAGAACUCACCUAUCAACAGAGAGCAGCCCAGCAGCUCUUGCUGGACAAUCGCAAAAGAGCCCAACUUAAUUAUGUCCUUGAGAGGUUGGUUGUAGAAAAUCCAGCUGUAUAUUUAGACAACCUACCCCAGGGUGACAGCAAGCUAUACACAAUGUCAGGGGAGCAGAUUACUGUCUACAAACGUGGGGAAACUUAUGGUACCGACAAUUUCUACCAGGUGAGGUUUGGCAAUGCAGUGGCAAGGAUAGUCCAUGCAGAUAUAGGAGUAUUGAAUGGGGUGGUACACAUCGUAGAUCCAUUGUUAUUUGAACCACAGGACUUGAUGAGAGUUUCAGGGGCCUCUUAUACAAUUAGCUCCAUUUUGACGGUCUUGCUGUCGAUUCUGGCAGCAUGGGGGUUAAUAUAUCAAUCUUAGUGCCUAUAAUGGCAAUAUGGGGGUUAAACAUUCCUAACUGUCUAUACAUUUCCAUGGGAAAUAUUCAGGAUUUAUUUUUUUAUGCUGUAUGAUAUUUUACUAAAUGCAAUAUAAUUGUAGAUCUGUAUAUAGUUAGUAUCCACCCCCUGCAGUGUUCUCCCCAGGAUUUUUUC